GGUAAUAUUCAGAUAUUCUUUCCCAAUGUUAAGGGUUCAAUUUUGUUUUGAUCAACUAGACUAUAUAAGAAGACCUUUGUAUCGCUCUCAAAACGCCUUUGCACGUUUCACUUGUUCUCGCAACGAUGAAGAAGUUGUUGGAUAGCACAAACACCAAGUUGAAUAGAGCUCUCCAGAAAACAAAUGAAGCAAUAGGAAGAGCUGAAAAAACAGAGUUCGACGAAGAGUUCAUUGCUCUGGUUUCGCAGGCCGAAUUAACACAUGAAGCAACAAGGAAAAUAAUGGAAGCCAUUGAGCUGUGGAUCAACCCAUGUGUUUCUAGGAAAAUCGAGGAUGUCGCGAGCAAGGUAGAAAGUUUGGUUACUGAUAAUAAGGCUUACUGGUUGAAAGUUCCAGCAAAGUUACCUGCUGAACAUUUUGGAGAGACACUAGUCAGUGUUGCUAUGGAUGUUGGCGUUAACACUCAAUAUGGUGAGGCAUUGAAGAAAUGCGGCGAGUAUGGUCGCAGCGUGGCAGCAGCUGAACACCGAAGGAAUUCAUUGCUGGAAAAGAAAACACUGACUGUACUGCAUCAAUUCCUAACGGUGGACUGGCCUGACAUUCAAAAGGAACGUAGCCAUCUAGAGUCAUAUCGUUUGGACUAUGACAAAUUAAGAAGUAAAGUUAAGAACAGUGAAAAUCCAGAUGCCACUACUCUGGCAAACAUGGAGAAAGCUAAAGGUGUUCUUGACAAACAGCUGGAAGUGACAAGAGCUAAAUUAGAGAGAAUAAAGACAGUGAAUCAGUCCAAUUUGGUGGCAAUAAAAGAGCUGAUAGCUGCACAGAGAAACUAUUUCAGUGAAUGCAGAGAAAAGACUGAAGAGUUGGCCGCUGAGCUAGAGAAAUCUUAAAAUGCUCUUCUCACUAUAUGCCAAUAUUGUUGCAGUGUGUGCAGUUUGCAAUUGCAAACAAACAAGACGCAUGUCUAUUUUUCUGGUGCCUAUAUAAACUGAUUACAUUAUGCUUAUUUUUACAAUUGAAUUCAGUAUAACCUUCGUGUGUGUAUAUGGUGUGGGUUUACUACUAUAUUCCUUCCUUUCUUUCUUAUUUAUUAUGUUUUCUCUUUUUUUUGCUCAUCUCCUAUGCCUUUGACAACUUUCCACUUUUGUUUGUUUGAAGUUGUUCAAAAGUGUCCUCUUGUUCCACUUGGUUAAUUCUUUCCAACGGAACAGUAUAGUCUACAAUUCCAAGCUUCUUCUUUUCCUUCUUUAUUUCUUUAUCUCUUUGGAUUUCUGUAUGCCUACGCAUGCAUCUUGUAUGCUUUUUUGGUUUAUGGACAAAAGGAAUUUUUUUUAAGGAACAUAUAUCUGCAUUGGGUAAAAAA